AUGGAAACGAUUCGAUAUCCGUAUGUGAAGUCUCUUGGCCACCGAGGCUAUGUCCAAGGCGUUACCAUUACAUUGAAGGCUACAAACACUCCCCUUUGUCGCUUCUUUGGUGGCAUUCGCUAUGGCUUAGCUCCCUCUCAGCGAUGGCGAAGAGCCCAGAGGCUACCAUCGGAUUACACCUAUGGCACCCGGGAUCAGCCUAGUCAGCGUGACGGGUCAGGCGUCUGUCCGCAACCUUCGUUUAUGAACGGUUCUUUCCAAGAUGAAUGGACCGAGGAUUGCUUCCAGUGUAAUAUCUGGGUUCCUGUAGCAGAACCUCCCGAGAUAGGAUGGCCUGUUUUAGUCUUUAUUCAUCAUGCCCUUACCCUUCGAUAUUGUAUUGACCCUUUCUACGUCGUAGAUGGCGGCUUUCUCCAGUUUGGAACUCCAAACGCCUUCUCGGCGGCAGCUCUUCUGGGUGAGGCGGACUUCAAUGCCAUCAUAGUCAUGCCCGCAUAUCGUCUAGGAGUUUUUGGGUUCCUUUCCUCCUCUGAGAUUGAACAAGACGCCACCUAUGUAGGAGAGACUGUGGGAAACCAUGGCUUCUGGGAUCAACGUCUUGCGCUUGAGUGGACCAGAGACAACAUCGCUCUUUUUGGUGGCAACCCGUCGCAGGUCACCAUAUCUGGUUAUUCGGCAGGAGCCUACUCGGUGUUCUAUCAGCUGGCCUACGACCUUCAACUCCCUCCAGCACAAUCGCUUGUGAAACAAGUCUGCAUCUGGUCCAACUCACCCGGCGUCCAACCCAAAAGUGAAACAGCAGCGCAGCUCCAAUUCAACCAGCUCCUUUCUGAACUCAAAAUCCCCACGUCCCUAUCCUGGGCAGAAAAACUGGCCCGACUCCGCUCUAUCCCAGCCAAGUCCCUGCUCGACGCAGCAACCAGCAUCGAGCUACACCAGUUCCGCCCAACAAGCGACGGCACCUUCAUAGACCCGUCUCUCUUCAAUGCUCUGGACAAUGGCACCUUCGCCCGCAAACUCACAGCCCGAAACAUCAGAAUCAUGCUCGGCGAAUGCCGCGACGAACGAUCCCUCUACGCAACAUGGCACCCGCCACAGAGCAACACCCUGCAAUCCCUGCACCGCCGUCUCCUAGCCGACUACCCCCGUCACAUCGCCGACGCCCUGAUCAAAAUCUACUGUCCAACCGGUCAACUUCCUCCCGGCUGCAAAAACUGGCACACCGACGCCUUCGGCCUGAUCUACGCCGACAUCCAGGUCCACAAGACCCAGCGUGGGCUCAUCCACGCCCUCGCCACCGGCAACGCUGACCGUCUACUCUACCGUUACCGCAUCGAGAAGCGUCUGCAGUGCGCGGACCGGACGAUCCCGCCCGCGUGGGGCGUCACGCACGCCACAGACCAGUACCUCUGGUUCUGGGGUAAUGGGGAGGUGCUGCAAGCGGACGAGAAGCCCAUGGUGCGGGAGGCGUUCAUUGGCCCGCUCAUCAGAUUUGUCCGGGGCGAUGCGGAUGCGGACAUCGGCUGGGGAACGGAUGAUUACCGGCAGGUGAGGUCUCUCAGGCCCGAUGGGUCAAUCCAGAUCUGCGAGGAUGGCCUGUGGGACGAAGCCUUGCGGGUCUGGAGGGCGUUGCGAGAGGUGGGGGGGCCCAGCGAAGGCGCUACGUCUGCGAAACUCUGA